UUGUUUGUAACACACACACACACACACACACUGACGAAAAAAAGUGCAAAAAAAAUAUAUAGACAACGUGUCUUAGUUAUACGUUAUGUUUAACAGAACAGUGUGAAUCAGCGUGGGAAAAAAUAUCUAUUUUAAAAUACAAACAUUUGCAUAAUCAUAUAUAAUAGAUAAAUAUAGAUUGGAACAACAAAAGUAUGCUAAGGCCUUGACACUGGCCAAGUGAAAGAAAGUGUGUGAAAGUAUUGCAUUUAAUUAAAAACAAACAGCAGCAAACAGAAAAAGCGUAGCGUAACUUAAGUACACUGCAAACAUGGAAACGGAGUCGCUUAAUCGCAAGAACUCCUCGAGAAAAAGUUCCAUUAUUAAUGGCAAUGGCGAUGCGACAACCAAGUUGACCAACGGCGAUGGCGACGAUGCUGCGCCUGGAGGCGGUGGCGAUGGCGGUGGCGAGGUGACACUUAAGGCCAAAAUGAGUCUGCUCAAUGGCUGCACUGUCAUUGUGGGAUCCAUCAUUGGUUCGGGCAUUUUUGUCUCACCCACCGGAGUGUUGAAGUAUACGAACAGCGUUAAUUUGGCGCUGAUUGUUUGGGUCAUUUCCGGACUCUUCUCGAUGGUUGGCGCCUAUUGCUAUGCCGAGCUAGGUACGAUGAUCACCAAGUCGGGUGCGGAUUAUGCCUAUAUCAUGGAGACCUUUGGCCCCUUCAUGGCGUUCAUUCGUCUGUGGAUCGAAUGCAUGAUUGUGCGUCCCUGCUCGCAGGCGAUUGUGGCAUUAACAUUCAGCACCUACGUGCUGAAACCGUUCUUUCCGGAGUGCACACCGCCCGAGGAUGCAGCACGUCUGCUUGCCGUUUGCUGCAUAUUGGUGCUAACUUUAAUCAAUUGCUGGGACGUUAAAUGGGCCACCGCUGUGCAGGAUAUCUUUACUUAUGCGAAACUGCUUGCCCUGUUUAUCAUCAUUGCAACAGGAAUGUACCAACUGUAUAUGGGAAAUGUGAAAUACUUUAACUUCGACAACAGCGACACAAAAGUCACAUCCUUAGCGUUGUCCUUUUACUCCGGAUUGUUUGCCUACAACGGCUGGAAUUAUUUGAACUUUAUCAUUGAGGAGCUGAAGGAUCCAGUGAAGAAUCUGCCACGCGCCAUUGCCAUCAGCUGCACACUUGUCACCGUCGUCUAUGUCAUGGCCAACGUUUCCUUCUACACCAUUCUCUCACCCGAUGAAGUCUUGGGUUCCACUGCGGUCGCUGUCACCUAUGCGGAGCGCGCCUUUGGCAUGCUGGCCUGGACCAUACCAGUUUUUGUGGCGCUGUCAACAUUUGGAGCCGUCAACGGCAUUCUGUUGACCUCCUCGCGUCUCUUCUAUGCGGGUGCCAACGAGGGUCAAAUGCCAGAGAUUCUAACGAUGAUUCAGAUCCAACGUUUCACACCCACGCCCGCUGUGCUGGCGAUGGCUCUGCUCUCCAUGCUCUACCUCACGGUCUCCGACAUCUUUGCGCUUAUCAACUACGUGGGCUUUGCCACCUGGCUGAGCAUUGGUGUCGCUGUGCUUUGUCUGCCUUGGUUGCGUUGGGCUCAGCCCAAUCUGCCACGCCCCAUUCGAGUGCCGUUGGUCUUCCCCAUUGUGUAUCUGAUUGCCACCAUCUUUGUCACCGUUGUUCCCAUGUAUGCCAGCCCCAUUGAGACUGGCUACGGCAUUCUGAUGAUACUGUCCAGCAUACCCGUCUAUUUGGUCUUUAUUGCCUGGAAAAACAAACCGAUUUGGUUCCAGAAAUCAAUGGUAAGUCUCACGCAUUUCCUACAAAAGCUGCUCAUGGUACUCGGCAAGCAGACGAAACCAGCUCAGGUGUAGAGAUUAGUGAAUGGAUUUUCCACAAAAUGGUCCACUUGGGGACUGCGCUGAAGAAAACAUAAAAAAAACAGAAAAAGAGAAACGGUUAGAUCAACGUUAGCCAACAGCAAAUGAUAGCAUUUACAAAAAAAUAUUAAAUUGCAUAAACAGAAAGAGGAAAACUCUUUGACAAAGCUUUUGUGUAGCCAGACAAUUAUGAAUAUGAAUACGAGCGAGCUUGGCGUUCUUUGAAC